UUGAAUUGAUAUUCAAAAGAAAUAUUAAUUAUAAAUAAACGAUGGCUUUCAAUAAUGUUCAAUUGUUCGAUCUUGUUCAAGAAUAUAUAACCCUAAAUAGUUCAAUACUUCGUCAGAUCAAUACACAUCUAUAAUGUAUCAAUGUAGAAUAAUAUAUGCGCAUAUAUAAAGAACUUAAGAAUGCUAUUUCUACGAACCCUAACAUUAUUAGCCAUUAUAUUGAACGUUUGCUCAAGGCGUAGAUAUUUCUUUCGUUGGCGUAGUAGACGUUUCAUGCCAGUUGCCAAAUUUCCGUGUACCUCAAAAGAUAUGCAAUGGGUACGACAUCCUUUCAACUGUUCUAUGUAUUUUGUAUGUGGACACGGCGUACCUCAUCAAAUGCCACCCUGUCCCAUGGACAGAAUCUGGUCGAACAAAGUGACAAACUGCGUUCCAGUUGGUUCCAGGUGGGAUGACUGCAAGACAGUCGGAAGAAUGGAAAUGAAUUCCACAGAAAUUAACGACAAAAGACCAGUUGUAACCGGUAAAACUACAGUGACACACCUCAGUACUUCCCCGUCUUCUGGGUUUUCAUUCCUGCUCACUUCAGAGGUAUCUACAACUGAAGUAACAAUACAUGCAUCAAAAUCCAUUAAAGGCCAACCAAACGUUACUCCUACAUCAAAGCAAUGGAAAUAUUCUACAUCUGGAAAACAACAGUGGAAAGAAAGGCAAACAUCUGUGCAAGACAAUCUUUCAACUCAAAUCCCUAUUGCUGAAUGUGGUGUUGCAACGACACAUAUGAUAGUUGGAGGUAUCCCGUCAAAGGAAGGCAAAUGGCCGUGGAUGGUUUCGUUACGCCUGACAUGGGCCAAACGCCAUGUGUGUGGAGGAACGUUAAUUCAUCCACGUUGGGUGAUCACCGCAGCACAUUGUGUUUUUGGGAAUCAGUUUGAGAAGGAAAGUGACUGGAGAGCUAUCCUGGGAGAGUUCCAGCUUGGAGUCAACACUGGAAAUGAAAUGCAUCGGAAAAUAGAUCUUAUCUUACGGCACCCCAAUUUCAUAAAUGGUGGUAAUUAUCCAAACGACAUUGCUUUAAUGCGUUUGGACCAUCCUGCGGAUGUCACUGGUUUUUACGUUAGACAAGCUUGCAUCCCAGAAAAGAACGCUGGCUUUCAUCCUGGCGAUGAAUGUUGGACAAUGGGCUGGGGUGAGACAAAAGAUUAUGGAGACCAGAGCAUUCUGCAAGAACUGCAAGUUCAUGUCAGAAGUAAUUCUGAAUGUUCCAUCCGGUGGGGUCGACGACGAAUCCUCAAUUCACAUAUUUGUGUUGGAAACGGUGAUAAUGGAGCCUGUAAUGGAGAUUCUGGUGGGCCAUUAGUUUGUGUACGUAAUGGCUAUUACUAUCUCGUUGGUAUCACAUCUUGGGGAGUGAGUGGAUGUCGAACAUCUGGAUAUCCCAGUGUCUAUACACGUGUUGCCUUCUAUUCUGACUGGAUUCACCAAAAGUUCUCCAACUACACAAACAUUGAAGCUAAGGAUGAACCUUUUCAACAAUAAAUUUACUUCAGUAGAACCAAACACUGCUGAACAUGGAUAAACUCUCUCAUUUUAUGAAGUGCAAGUUCUCAUCACUGUAUCUCUGAUGCCAAAUCAUCAAAACAGAACAAAAAAAAAAAAAAAAUAUAUAUAUAUAUAGUUAAAGAGGAGGGAAUGAAGAAUGGCAAGAAAAUGUUUUAAGCAGUAAAUAUUGAUUUCUGUAGAUUUCUUGUCAUUUAAAACCUGAAAUGAUAUAACAUGAAGAUCUGAGAAUUCUAAUAUGUCUGUGAUAACACUGAACACAGUUAGCACAGCUGUACAUUAUUAAUGUCUCACAACAAGAUCAUUUGCUGCUCUACAAAAAUAUCGGUAGUCAUCUCUUUGGUCGAUUUU